UACCCGCUAGAGAUUCAACACACCAUCUCUAAGGAACUAUGGAAGGAUGCAGGCGUUUCCCAACACAUUAUGCUUUGAGGCGUCCGUUACGCAUCGGCGGAAUGCGUGACGAACCAUUCGGCAUCUGCUGGUCUUGUGGAACAAUGCACCAAACGUCAGAUGAGCCGCUUCCAAAAAUCAGUCAUCUGGCGACGUUUGAUGUCGACCUGGGGCAAUUGCUGGAAGGGUGAAGAGUUCCAUCAAGACGCGAAGAAGGUGAAUGCCACGAAGGGAGUACGUUUUUUACGUUGGUCUGCAUGCAAAUGUAUGGCGAAUGCCGCGUAUCAAUCUACAGCACCGUCCGUGACCUUCGUAAUUUCACCAUGUCCCGUUAGCGAGACUGCAGCCGAGCACUGGGCCGGGCAGAUAUCCAGCCUCGGUAGAUAUAUGGCUAGACACGGGCGAGCCCGCCUGGAGAGCCGUGUUGAGACUUGGCCGUCAAUCCCGAGAGACCUGCGGCAUGAUGUCGAGCCGCAAUGUGACAUUCGUGCGCGUGGGUGGCCGCCUUUUAGGGCUGAGACGGAGACGACGAGGACGCCUAAUUCCAUUAUUAGGCUUUGGGAAAAUUCCGAGCAUGGCGUUGCGCAACCGAUGUUGUUGUUUGGGACCAGAUAUAUACAACCGCGUCUUCGAUAAGUGGUGGUGUAGGAGUAAAGUGAAUGUGGUUAGGCGUAGAUAUGGCUUCGGUAAUGGCGGCCUGUAUCUCUUUCUGGUGGGUUGAACAUUGUUAUUAUUGUUAUUUUGAGCCGUGUACUACGGAGAUAUUUCCAAAGCCUUUACAAUUCGGUCGCCUCGGGACAAUGCACUACUCGAGAACUUCCAACGUGCCGAUUUUACAUUGGAGAUACGGGUAGCUAGCUUU